GCCGCGAGUACCGCGGGAACUGGGCGGUGGCCAAACGUGCGGCGCGGCGCCUCUUUGUUGCUGCUCGCCGAGGGCGUCAUAGAGCGCGGUGGGCCCGCCGGAGGCUAGAGAGGCUCCACCCGUCGGCCCACCUGCGGGAGACGGGAGGGGGAAGCCAGGCCCGCGAUUCUCCAGUGGAAAGAGGCACGUGAAGAAAGGAAUCUUGUAGGCCCUUAGUUGUCCAGCGCACCGUUAAGGACUUAUUGCUACUGCCCCCGCUGUUAAUGGUAAUGCGGUGGACCCAGUUGUUACGGUGGCUAAUUGGGAAAGUGGCUUUAAUUAUCUCGUAAGUCCUUACCAAAAAACAACAGUAAUAAAGGGGGGCAGCUGUGACUUAGUGAUUCUUUUUAUCAGCAAAGCUCAGAUCAGAGAGCCAGUGGUUCUAUGAUCCAAGAGCUGGUAACACAUGAGAAAGUCUUCUGACUACUGGCACAUACUAGGUGUGGUGGAAUAAUGGUGCCCCAGAUUUGUCUACUUCCUGAUCCCUGCAACCCGUGAAUAUGCCAUUUAACGUGGCAGAAGGGACGCUGUGCUAUGUGAUUCAGGAUCUUGAGAUGGGAAAAUCAACCUAGAUUAUCCAGAGUUCUGUGAAUGGAAAUUCACAUGAGCCCAUUCAGUCUAGAAGGGUAGUGAUUUCUCAUAAUAUGGACAAAGCUCUGAAAGAAGUGUUUGACUACAGUUAUAGAGAUUACGUUCUGUCCUGGUAUGGAAAUCUCAGCAGAGAUGAGGGACAGCUUUACCAUCUGCUCUUGGAAGACUUUUGGGAAAUUGCCAGACAGCUGCGUCACAGACUGAGCCACGUGGAUGUGGUUAAAGUCGUCUGCAAUGAUGUUGUAAGAACUUUACUCACUCAUUUCUGUGACCUGAAAGCUGCGAAUGCCAGACAUGAAGAACAACCAAGGCCUUUUGUGUUACAUACAUGCUUGAGGAACUCAUAUGAUGAACUGAGAUUCCUACAAAUGUGUUCUCGGGUUCUGGUGUUUUGUCUCCUUCCCUCAAAGGAUGUCCAGUCUCUCAGCUUACGUAUAAUGCUUGCAGAAAUACUCACAACAAAAGUCUUGAAGCCAGUAGUGGAGUUACUUAGUAAUCCAGAUUACAUUAACCAGAUGCUACUUUCCCAGUUGGAGCGCAGAGAACAGAUGAAUGAACAUCACAAGAGAGCCUACACCUAUGCUCCUUCUUACGAAGAGUUCAUCAAGCUUAUUAACAGCAACUCUGAUGUUGAGUUCUUGAAGCAACUAAGGUAUCAAAUUGUAGUAGAAAUAAUCCAAGCAACUACAAUUAGCAGCUUUCCCCAGCUGAAGAGGCACAAGGGUAAAGAAACUGCUGCAAUGAAAGCCGAUCUCCUAAGGGCCAGGAAUAUGAAAAGGUACAUUAACCAACUGACUGUGGCAAAGAAGCAGUGUGAGAAGAGAAUCCGAAUCCUGGGAGGUCCUGCCUAUGACCAGCAAGAUGAGGGGGCCUUGGAUGAGGCAGACGGGCCUCAGAGCCAGAAGAUUCUUCAGUUUGAAGAUAUCUUGGCCAGUACUUCCUACCGAGAGCACUUUCGAAUGUACAUGGAAAGGAUGGACAAGAGAGCUUUGAUUAGUUUUUGGGAGUCUGUGGAAUAUUUAAAGAGUGCUAACAAGAAUGAAAUCCCACAAUUAGUUGGUGAAAUUUACCAGAAUUUUUUUGUGGAAAGCAAAGAAAUAUCUGUGGAAAAAUCACUUUACAAAGAAAUCCAGCAGUGUCUUGUAGGAAAUAAAGGUAUUGAAGUGUUCUGCAAAAUCCAGGGAGAUGUUUAUGAAACCCUAAAGGAUAGGUAUUACCCUUCAUUUAUUGUCAGUGACCUGUAUGAGAAACUGAUGAUAAAAGAGGAAGAGAAACAUGUCUCACAGUUGAUUUCCAGCAAGGAUGAACUGGGCCCGGGAGUCGAGGCUGGUGAGGAAGCUGUAGACGAAGGCACCAGCCGGAUUAAUGAACAAGCCAGCUUUGCUGUAAACAAGCUACGAGAACUAAAUGAGAAACUUGAAUAUAAAAGGCAAGCUCUAAAUUCUAUUCAAAAUGCACCAAAACCUGACAAGAAGGUAACUCUUUUGCUUUCAAGGUUGUCUUUGAAAGUUUCCAUUUUUUGCCGACUGCACCUGCUCACCACGCUUUUUGUUGUUGUCGUGUUUGUUUUGCCCAAGGUUACAGAAGAGAAUGGUGAGCAAAUGCCCUGUUACUUUGUCAUGGUAAGCUUACAAGAAGUUGGAGGAGUUGAAACUAAGAACUGGACUGUCCCCAGAAGGCUCAGUGAGUUCCAGAAUUUACACCGGAAACUUAGUGAGUGUUUCCCUUCUUUAAAAAAAGUCCAGUUGCCUUCUCUUAGCAAGCUGCCUUUCAAAUCUAUAGAUCACAAGUUUAUGGAAAAGUCAAAGAAUCAAUUAAAUAAGUUUUUACAGAAUCUGCUUUCAGAUGAAAGACUGUGUCAGAGUGAAGCACUUUAUGCCUUUUUAAGCCCUUCUCCUGACUACCUCAAGGUUAUUGAUGUGCAGGGGAAAAAAUCCACUUUUUCAUUAUCCUCAUUUUUGGAAAGGCUUCCUCGUGACUUCUUCUCCCAUCAAGAGGAGGAGACAGAAGAGGACAGUGACCUGUCAGAUUAUGGUGAUGAUGUGGAUGGGAGGAAAGACGCCUUGGCUGAACCAUGUUUCAUGUUGAUUGGGGAGAUCUUUGAACUUCGAGGAAUGUUUAAAUGGGUGAGAAGAACAUUAAUUGCUCUUGUUCAGGUCACUUUUGGAAGAACCAUCAACAAACAAAUCCGGGACACAGUGAACUGGAUUUUCAGUGAGCAGAUGUUGGUUUACUACAUCAGUGUUUUCCGGGAUGCUUUUUGGCCAAAUGGGAAAUUGGCGCCACCGACCACAAUCAGAAGCGAAGAACAAAGUCAGGCAACAAAACAGAGGGCACAGCAGAAGCUGCUUGAAAACAUUCCAGAUACACUUCAGAGCCUCGUUGGACAGCAAAACGCCCGUCAUGGCAUAAUAAAAAUAUUCAAUGCACUUCAAGAAACGAGAGCCAAUAAGCAUCUGUUAUAUGUGCUGAUGGAACUGCUGCUAAUUGAGUUGUGUCCUGAGCUGAGAAGUCAUUUAGAUCAACUAAAAGCUGGUCAAGUUUGAGACUGCACAAAUAAACCACCAGAGAAAUGUCUGUGUAACAAUAGACAUGAAAUAUUUUCCUCUUUUCCACAGAGGGCUUGAUCGAGAACCAUAUUGAUUUUUAUGUUAGUUACCUCCCCCUAGUUUUGUGUGAAGUGAGCAGAAUUGGUUGGGGGUGGGUACUUAAAGCUGUCAUAGGCAACAGAAAAACACACUUCUGUUAUUAUUUUUUUUUAUUUUAAUAAUAAUAUAAAAUUCAAUACACUGAUUGAAAUACAAAUGUUAAUAUGUGAUAAGAACCUAGGAAAUAUUUUAAAUAUUUAUGAAAACAGUUUUGUUUUAAAAUGAAGAACUAUGACUAUUGUACAGUUACUUUCCUCACUGAGGACUCUGAACAUUCCUGUAUUAUUUCUUGUGUAUUGAAGAACAUUGUUGUGCAAUGCUUUGUGGAAAGUGAUUGUGAAAAUUUUAUUGUCUUUAUUUUUACCAAAGAUUUCCCAUAGUUUGAAGCAUUUGAAGCAAUAAAAUAUAAAAAAAUGAA